GCCCCUGUCGUUUGGUCAGUCUCGGCGGCUCUGCUAUAGAGGAGCGGUGCUGAGGGCAGAAGGAGCCGGAGCCACAGUCAGGGAGCACCCGCCUCCAGAGCCGCGCCGUCCCCGCACACAGCGGCCGCCCUCACCCCGGAGACUGAAACUUGCGGCGCUCGGAGAGUUGUGUGCGGCAGGCUGGUCAUGGCUUCCUCGGCGGCGGGCAGCUGGCGGGUGUAGAAGCGCUGGAGGGGCCGGGGGACGGGCAGGAGCCGUGCCUGAGCGCCGCCGCCGCUGCACGGAGCCGAUACAUUGUAGCAGUCUCCUCCAUUUCUGCUCCUGGUUCCUUUCAUGUCCUGCGCUCUGCACACAGCACCGCGCUAGAAGCUGGAACAGUAUGGCGGGGAAAGCGGCUGCCCCGGGCACCGGGAUCCUGCUGGUGACGGCCAACGUCGGGACUCUGUUCGAUGAUACAGAAAAUCUUCAGAAAAAUUGGCUGCGAGAAUUUUAUCAGACCGUACACGCACAGAAGCCUCAGUUUUUAUCAUUGCACUGUCAAGAGGUUGGUGGAAAGAAUUAUGAAGCUUCCAUGGCUCAUGUUGACAAGUUGGUCAAAGACCUGCUUUCAAGUGACGCUAUGAAAGAAUACAACAGAGCGCGGGUGUACCUAGAUGAGAACUACAAGUCACAGGAAAACUUCACGGCACUUGGAAGCUUUUACUUUCUUCAUGAGUCUUUGAAGAAUGUGUAUCAGUAUGAUUUCAAAGCAAAAAAAUACAGAAAAGUCACAGGCAAAGAGAUCUACUCGGACACGUUAGAAAGCACUCCAAUGCUGGAGAAAGAGAAAUUCCCUCAAGAAUUUUUCCCAGAGAGCAAAUCAUCUAGAAAAGGCUUUAUUCGAACGCGAUGGUGUAUUACUGACUGUGCCUUUGACUUGGUGAACAUUCACCUUUUCCAUGAUGCUUCCAAUUUAAUUGCAUGGGAAUCCAGCCCAUCCAGUUACUCAGGAAUACGGCAGAAGGCUCUAAGUUAUGUUUUAAAUAGUAUUACAGAUCAUCGAUUUGAGAAGGUUCCCUACUUUGUUUUUGGAGAUUUUAAUUUUCGACUGGAUUUAAAGUCAGUGGUAGAGACACUUUGUGCAAAAACUACAAUGCAAACUGUUCAUGCGACAGACAGCAACACGGUAGACAAAUUGAUAUUCCGGGAAUCGGAAAAUGAUCGCAAGGUCGUGCUACAAAUAGAAAAGAAAUUAUUUGAUUAUUUUAAUCAAGAGGUUUUUAGAGAUAACAAUGGCACUGCGCUUUUAGAAUUUGACAAGGAGUUAUCAGUCUUUAAAGACAGAUUGUAUGAACUGGACAUCACGUUUCCUCCCAGUUAUCCGUACAGUGAAGACAGCAGUCAGGGAAAGCAAUACAUGAAUACAAGAUGUCCAGCGUGGUGCGAUCGAAUACUGAUGUCACACUCUGCUAAAGAACUUCUUUUAAAGUCUGAAAAUGAUGAAAGGAUAGUGAUUUAUGACGGCGUUGGGCCAAAUAUCUGCAUGGGGGACCACAAGCCGGUCUUCCUGUCCUUCCGAAUAGCCGCUGGGGCAGGUAAAGCUAAUGCACAUGUGCACAAGUGUUGUAUCGUGCAGUGAUGUGGUGGGAAAAGAUGCCAACCCAUAGAAAAGAUCUACAGAGAGACCACUCUGUGAGGGUGACCACCUGCAGUAUAGCAGCCUCCUCGAUCGCUGAGCUGCACGACGGUCCUCGCGGCUAACAUUUGUACAUUAUGGAUCAUCUACUAGGCUUCAUCUUCCCAACAAUUCUCACAUACCUCACUUUCUUUCACAUCCAAUAGAAACAUGGAUACAUGUAUAUAUUUUUUUUACAUCACUGUUGUGUUGCCAAAAACGCUAGCAGACAAUACAUAUCGACAAUCUCCUCCUCUGUUCUUGUGCGUCAUCGCAAAAUAAACGGAAGCUGAGCUUGUGCGUGCACGGUCACUUUGUGGAGGUUAAUCGACUGGGGGUGCCGCGCAUUUCUGGUGCCUUCAGUCUUGAAAAGAUUAAACCCUUCCUUGAUGGAGGUCACUUCUGCAUUAUGCCCACCGGUAGGACACUGCAAGCGACCCGUUAUCACUUUACACCAUUUCCUGCUUACAUUUCUUGAGACUGAAACUCUAACGAAGUCAUAAAGGCUCGAAGUUUGGCAGCAGAUUCCUAGAGAGGCACGAGGGAAACGAACCAGAUAUUGAUGGUCAUAAGUACAUAGUCAACUGCAACCUGUGUGCCUAAUGUUAGGCUAGCUAGGGGUGUAGCCACUAAAGUGCAAUAAUCAUAAGUUCACCAUUUAAAUCAACAGCCAUUACCAAACGUCAAUGGCGGGCUAAAAACCCCAUCCCCACCUCUCAAUCUAAAACCCCAUUUCCACCUCCUUUCAUUUUACUGUUUUAGAAAUAACUUUCCAAUUUCCAUGUUAUUUACUACACUGCCAUGUAACAUGGGUUUGGUUUUUUCGAGUCACACAGCAGCUGCUUUUCAUUUUUAUAUAUAUAAUAUAUAUAUAUAUAUAUAUAUAAAUAUUAAAAAUAUAUAUACUUUUUAAAAAAUAAUUUAUAAACCUUACCAAAACCUAUGCUAAGUAUUCUUUCCAGUACUGGCGCGCGUGCCAUAUCAGUAACGAACAUUCAGGAGUAGCAGUUUUAGAUAUCUCUAUAUAAAUAUAUAUGUACAUCAGCAACCAAAAUUUCUAUGUAACCUUUUUGUGUCGUGCGGAAAAAAAAAAGACAAAAACACCAUAGUCGAUACAAUCCGUAUAUAUACAGUAGCAGUUUUCACUUUAUUACUCUUGUAAUAAAUUAUUUGUAUGUGAUAUUAAGGACUGAAUGUGAAGUUUCUAGCUAGAUUUGGGUCUCUCUUUUAAAGGUUUUGUAAGCAGUUUUUUUGUCUGUCUUUUGUUACCGUAUCAUAGUGCCAAUUCCUCUCUAUACGCAGUGACGACAUGGGAGACACGUCGUGUAGAGUUUCUAGAAUAGCCUAGUGAAGAUAAAAAUCAAGUUUCAGAAUUAUUUUUUUUUUUUUAGGAUAAAAAAAGGUCACUUUUGUCAGGUGCCCCUACCCCAGACUUCAAAGGUGAUUAUAGAGGUUUUUUUUUUUGCUAUUAAUUGUACUCAGAACACUAAGGAUUAUGUGAUUGCAUUAGAUUAAAGUUCAGUAUCUAUUUUUGGUAUAAAUCACUACUACUAUUCGGAAAUUCUUUUAUGUGCUCUCGCAGAAUCCACCUUCCCCGAUGCACAUUUGUUACUGUGUUGAAGGUGGAGAGUGUUUUGUUACCGUGCCAUGUUUGUUGUAAUAUCACAAAAGCGUGUUCCUGCGAAUGAAAAAAAUAAACUGAUAGAUGUGUGAAUCGCCUUUAACACCAUAGGCUGUCUGGUUCUCAACUUAAAGCAAUAAACUGUUUAUUGUGGC